CCAAUAUUAAAACAAAUAGAAUAAAACACAAACGCAAAAAACGCGCACACUAAACAGAAAGUAGCUGAAAAAAGACUCUUCAACUUUUACGCAAUCGAUGCAGAAAAAAAGAAUCAAUGAAACAAAAAAUUUUUGCAAUUCUUUAACUGUGUAAAAUUAAGCUGACUUUAUAAACAUUUGGGAAAAACAGCAUUUCUCUAUUAACAGGAAUUAAUAAACGAAAGGCCUAAAAUGUCUGAUUACGGAAAUUUUGGGCCCUUAAUUGGUGUCAUCCAUGUUAGCAAUACGCACUGUAAAUUUAUGAUUUAUUCGACCAAAAAUGCUGAAGUUUUGACAUCGCAUGAAUUGAAAUUGAAACAAAUUGUUCAUAAUGCCGGCUGGUGUGAAUAUGAUCCCAAUGAGAUAUGGAAAUACACAGUGGAGUGUAUAGAGACGGCUUAUAAAAAUCUCGUAAUAUUAGAAAUUAGCCCUCAUGACAUCAUCGCUGUAGGUAUUUGUAAUAUGAGAGGCACCACUGUCUUAUGGGAUCGAGAUACAGGUUCUGCUUUACACAAUGCUAUUGGUUGGACGGACAGUCGUUGUACCUCUUUAUUGAAAACAUUGCUUAAUAAUUACAAACGUAAUGUAAAUUAUUUAAGAUCUGUAACUGGGUUACCUUUGAGCACGUGUUUUAGUGCUUUAAAAAUAAAAUGGUUAAUGGAGAAUAAUGCUGCGGUGCAGGAAUCUUUGGAAAGGGAUACAUUGUGUUUUGGUACUAUUGACUCGUGGUUGUUGUGGAAAUUUACCGGAUCAGAGAUCUGUGGUGUUCAUGCUACGGAUAUAACAAAUGCCCAAUACAGCGGCUUAAUGAAUGUGAAUACCAUGCAAUGGGAUAAAAAUGUGUGCAAAUUUUAUAAAAUACCCAUGAAUAUACUGCCUAGAAUACGUACCAAUUCCGAAAUAUAUGGUUAUAUUAUUGAGGGACCUUUAAACAACAUACCCAUAGCCAGUGUUAUAGGAGAUCAACCGUCUGCUUUGUUGGGACAACUUUCCCUAAAAGCUGGUCAAAAUAUGUGUUCCAUAGAUGAUAACUGUUUUGUUUUACUUAAUACUGGUCAAGAAUUUGUUGAAUCUGAUAAUGGUUUAUUAUCAAUAAUUUCGUAUAAGUUGGGUCCAAAGGCAAAAACAAAUUUUGCUUUAGAAGGCGCCAUUAGUAAUGCUGGUUCCACGGUCAACUGGCUAAAAGAGGGUUUACGCAUCAAUACAGAAAUCAAUUCUAACGAUAAUGUGGUAGAAGUAUUAAAUACAUUUUUGGGUGAAACAUCGAUGAUUUCAUCAUGUUCGUCCAGUAUGUUAAAUGCGGAAUGCGGUGUGGCGGCCAAAAGAUCGGAAAUUACAUUUGUACCUGCUUUUCAUGGUUUAUAUGCGCCCUAUUGGCGUUAUGAUGCUAGAGGUAUAAUCUUAGGCUUAACCAGUCAAACGACUGCAGAAAAUAUUUCACAGGCAGCUUAUGAAGCAACAGGUUUUCAAAUACACGAAGUAUUAGAAGCUUUUAAACGUGAUACCAAAACGUGGGAUUGGUCAAAUAUGAAAGAACAUUUGGUCUUUGGUGGUGAUUAUGCAGAAAACACCACAUUAGUGCAAUACAUAGCUGAUAUUGUAGGUAUAAUAUUGGAAAGACCACAAACAGCCUCUCCUUGUGGUCUGGGAGCUUUAAUAGCAGCAGGGAUAACUAUGGAAGUAAUAAAUGAAACCUAUGCUCAAAUUGCCUAUAUGCCACCAGCAGAUGUUUUUAGCCCUACCACCACACCAAAUAGACGUUCUCUGCUCUAUAAACGUUGGGAAUAUGCUGUAAGGAAAUGUUUAAACUGGGAUAAUUAUGAAAGUUUUGAAUCUGAUUUGGCUUUAUUUGCUCAACGUGAACGUGAUCCCAAUCUUCCCUUAAGACGUUCAUUGCCAGGCAGUAUAUUUUUAACCAGUGCAUUUGUAUUCCUAAUUGUAGCCAAUUUUUUAAAGACUCAACAAUGAAUCAACAAUUAGUUAAAUAUCAGGCAUUUUUGUUAUAUAUAUAUAGCUAUAACUAGUUUAAGCUUUUAACGUACAAAAAAAGUGUUAAAGUUAAUGAACUUAAAAGAAAAUACUUUAAUUUUAACCCUUUAACUUUGUUUAUAGUUUAUUUUAUUUUUAUGAUUUUUUUCCUUUUUGUACCUCAUUUUUAUUAAGGAUUUUUCUUAACAUUCUCUUUUAUAUACAACAAAAAAUAUUAUUUAAUUUAUAUGCUCUAGUCAUGUGUUAAAAUGUAAUUUAUUUUAUUUAUAAACAAAACAGAACAGAUCCAUAAAAGAACAACGUUGUACAUGUUGUGGCAAUUACACACAAUAUUUCCAUAACUUUGUAAUUGCAAUUAAACAUAAAGUUCCUUUCGUUUAUUAUUAAAUACUCCUUAAAAACCA